AUGACUGAAACAGCAAAAUGUACUAGCAGUGAACCACUUGCUAUUGUGCAUGAUUACUUUCAAGCCAGUGAUUUUAUCAUUGGUGGUAUCACAUCUCUUAUCACCAUCCCUACAGUUCCUCCUAACUUUGAUGAAGAUCCUCACUAUUCAUUUAGUGAUGAAUUUCUCAGAAUUCUUACCAAGUACUAUCAACAUAUCUUGGCUCUGAUAUUUGCUGUAAAGGAGAUCAAUGAAACCCCUGAUAUCUUACCGAACAUCACUCUAGGAUUCAAAAUCUAUGAUAACUAUGCUGGAACAUAUACGUCAUAUGUCACAAUGAAACUUUUCUCCGGACAGAAGAAAUUCAUCCCCAAUUAUAAGUGUGAAAUCCAGAACAAACUCAUUUCAGUCAUCGGAGCACUUUAUUCUGGAAUCUCUUUCAAGAUGGCACGUAUUUUGAGCAUCUACAAAGUUCCACAGCUCACAUAUGGUUCACCUCUACAUAAGAAUGAUAGCUCUGAAGAACAUUCUUUCUAUCAGAUGGCUCCAAAUGAAGCCGACCAAUACAAAGCGAUUAUCCAGCUCCUUAUGCACUUCAGGUGGACAUGGAUUGGAAUACUAUUUAAAGAUGAAGAUGGAGAAAGGUUUGUUCGUACUAUUUCCUCCAUGUUCUCUCUUCACAGAAUCUGUGUUGCUUUUUUGAAAAGACUUAAGCCAUUUUAUCUAGGUACCAUUCUUGAUGACCUGGAUUGGCUAGUGGAAAUGUACCUUUUCUUGAUGCGAAACAAUGCCAUUGUUGUGAUAAUUUAUGAAAGAAAUAUGAUUGUUUUGAGAGUGUUACUUCAUCUGCCACAAAUGGAAUUAGUGCCUAAGGAACCUAAAGGGAAAGUGUGGAUCAUGGUGGCUCAGAGUGAUCUUGCAUCAUAUUUCUAUCAAAGGAAAUGGGAUAUCCAAGUAUUUUAUGGUGCUCUGUCCUUCACUGUUCAUUCAAAGGAGAUUCCAGGUUUCCAACAGUUUCUUCAGACUGUGAACCCUUUAUCAAGAGAUGAUGGUUUUAUCAGAAAUGUGUGGGCACAUGCAUUUGAUUGUGUGUUUCCAAAACUGCCUCCAACAGAGAAAACCAGUGACUCCUGUAGUGGGCAGGAGAAGCUGGGGACACUUCCUGGAGCUUUUUUUGAAAUGACUACGAGUAGUUAUAGCUAUGGUGUAUAUAAUGCAGUCUAUGCAGUAGCACAUGCUACACAGGCCAUGUGGUCACGUCAUUUCAGAGAGAGAAAAAUUGUAAAUAGAGAAAAAGCAUUUCUUCAAGAUCUGCAGCCAUGGAAGACUCUGCCCAUUUCGACAUGUACAAAGAGCUGUCUCCCUGGCUAUUUCAAACAAAAGCAAGAAGGAAAGCAGUUUUGCUGCUAUGAUUGUUUCCUGUGUCCUGAAGGGAAAAUUUCAAGCCAGAAUGACAUGGAUGCCUGCUCUGAAUGUCCACAAGAUCAAUAUUCAAGCAAGAAACGUGACUCAUGCAUUAGGAAGACAAUCACCUUCCUGUCCUAUGAAAAUUAUUUGGGAACAAGCUUAGCUGCAUUGACCAUUUCCUUUUCUCUCUUCACUCUUAUAGUACUAGUAACAUUUGUAAAACAUCACAACACUCCCAUUGUCAAAGCCAACAACCGGGAUCUCACCUACAUGCUCCUUGUAUCUCUAUUGCUCUGCUUCCUCUGUACAUUUCAGUUCCUCCUUCCACCUGGGAACAUCAUUUGUCUCUUCCGACAAAUCAGCUUUGCCAUUGUCUUCUCUAUGGCUGUAUCUUGUGUGCUGGCCAAAACCAUCAUUGUGCUUUUAGCAUUCAUGGCCACCAAACCAGGAUCCAGGGUACGGAAGUGGGUGGGGAGGAAACUGGCUAUUUCUAUUGUCCUUUCUUGUUCCCUUAUUCAGGCAGCCAUUUGUACAAUUUGGUUGGCAACAUUUCCUCCCUUCCCAGAAAUGGACUUACACUCAGAAACUACAGAAAUUAUAUUACAAUGCAAUGAAGGCUCAGUGACUAUGUUUUACUCUGUUCUGGGUUAUAUGGGCUUCCUGGCAAUUUCCAGUUUUACAGUGGCCUUUCUUUCUAGGAAUCUCCCCAGCAGUUUCAAUGAAGCAAAAUUUAUCACUUUCAGCAUGUUGAUCUUUUGUAGUGUUUGGGUAUCUUUUGUUCCAAGCUAUUUGAGCACCAAGGGGAAGUACAUGGUAGCUGUGGAAAUAUUUUCUAUCUUGGCAUCAAGUGCUGCACUAUUGGGUUGCAUCUUUUUCCCAAAAUGUUUCUUAAUUUUUCUGAGGCCACACUUAAAUGUCAGGGAAGAGUUAAUAAGAAAAAAACUUUGA